AUGUCUCUCAACCUCUACCAACGCCAUCGCGGCUUCGGGCCAAUAAUGAAUAACACUUACUACGACGACCACGGCGAUACAAUAUACACAGUGCACACUCCGUUUUCGCUGAGUCUUCAUCGGACGACUACUAUCUCCAAGGCCAUUCAUGACACAGCCGGUGGUGGUGGUAGUAGAGAGGCUUCUACUUUUGCUCUUGCUCGACGGAUAACUGUUGCCGACGAACCAAUGGGAGGAUCUCUGAUCGACACAAAUUCAUUCCUUCAUACCUCAGACGACGAACAUGCUGUAUCUCUUCCCGGUGCGACAAUAGGCGAUAUCGUUGGUGGUAGCAAUAGUGUGGCUACCACACCUGUUUCUCCUCCUCCUACAAUGCCACGCCCAAGAACUAUCGACCACAACUUCAUCUACGUCGCUCAAAUCGACUGGAAGGUAUUCCGAAGGCUCCAAGAUCCGUUUCGGAAAGAGGGGUGGGGAUUUUGGGGUCCUCAUCGUGUAUUCACCGGUGAAGAUGGUCAAGAAUACAGAUGGAAUUUUGGGAGGACUCAUCCCCAGUUAGUCCUAAAUGAUGUGUCAAAGAUGCUCGUCGCGACGUUUCAUCAAGAGAGACUAUUCUCCAAAAACAAUACGGCGCGUUUGGAAAUAUUUUCUCCAGGCCAACACAUGAUCGACGAAAUUUUCGUGACGUUCACGUAUAUCGAGAGGUUACGCAGAGCGAAGGAGAGGUCCGCGAAGAACUGA